GAAGAAGGAGCAUCCACAUAUUGGAAGGAAGAGAAUCAUUAACAUGGCGUCUUCUUUCUCACUUGUUUUGUCCCUGUUUCUGUCUCUACUCGUCAUCCUCCCUGUCGCCCACUCCGCCGGUCAUCCAGGAGCAUCCCUGACCCACCAUGGGGGGCGCCUCCUCACUGGCAACGUGAAUGUUGGAAUCCUAUGGUAUGGCCCCAUUCCUAGGGUGCAGAAGAGAGCCAUUCUCUCCUUCCUCAGGUCCCUGAACGCCAAUGUCGGCGCCCAGCCUCAAGUGUCAUCAUGGUGGCAAAUCGUGGAGAGCUACCAAACAUUUGCCAGAAGGCCCACUGGAGGCAGGAUCACUGUGAAGGUGGUAAACCAAGUGUAUGAUCCUAACUACUCUCUCGGGAAGGUUUUGAUCAAAGAUUUCAUCAAGCCGCUCCUCCCCAAGGCAACCGGGGGAAAGCCAAACACCCUUGCUAUCAUCGUUGCCCCCAAGGGUGUCACCGUCCAAGACAUGUGUGCCGGAUCAUGCGCACAACAUGGUCUCAUAGGGAAUCAAGCAUAUGUUGCGGUGGGGGAUCCAGAAGAGGAGUGUCCUGAAUGUGCAUUUCCAUUUUUGAAGACACAUGGUGGUGCGCCGGUGAAACCACCGAGCGGAAAUGUGGGAGCCGAUGCUAUGGUGAAGUUAUUGGCGGGAGGUCUGGCCGGAGCUGUGACUAAUCCUUAUGGGGAUGGGUUCUAUGCUACUGGACGCGGAGACAUGCUCCUUGAAGCCACAUCCGUGUGCCCUGGUGGAGUGUUCAAUGCUCACGGCGUGAAGGGUAGAAACUUUGUGCUUCCUGCAAUAUGGAACCCCAAAACAUCAUCAUGCUAGAAUCCUCUCUAGUUAGCUAAGGCUUUAUUCCAUGUCUCUUCCUUCCUUUAUUUAUUUUAUAUUGUUUCUAAGUGAAACAAAUUUUUGAAAGUAUAAUAAAGUCAUGAUGAUACAUAUGUAAAGUCUCUACAUAAAUGGUACGGUGUUUCUUCCAUAAA